UGUUCUUUUACAAAGUGCCUUUCUAAAGAUUUGAAUGUUGUAUUUGGUAGAGAAACGGUUUAAAAUGGGUCAAUUUGGCAAUGCCAUCAUUUUGUUAGCUAUUUUUGGUUGCGUAAUGCUCACGGAAGGUAUUCAGGUUCGCUCCUGUGCAAACGGGGUGCCUCCUCCAGCGAUCGUGUCUAUUGCGGGAUGUUCCGAGAUGCCGUGUGACUUCGUACGAGGCGUUGAAGGAGGAACUAUGACGAUGGUUUAUGAAGCUCCAUUCGACAUUAAGACGCUUCGUUACGAUCGUAUUAUAAUUGCCCUCGGUGUUACUGUACCAUACCCGAUCCUGCCAGAAAAAGAAAAUGGGUGUGACUGGGUUAUUGGUAGCAUGUGUCCUUUCCGUCAAGGAGAUUUGAUAAUAAGCACGUAUACAUCAAGCCCCUUGUCAAUCAUUCCGUUGGUUACAGCUGCCAUUGAGUUCUAUGUGUACGAUGAACAAGAUCGUAUGGUGACGUGUUUUCAGUAUGAUGUGAGAAUCUUACCAAAUUCAGUGUAAUUUUGCAAUUUGAACUUCCUUACAGAUAAUAAUCAUGCAAUAAAAUAUCAAUUAAUUGUCCUAGAGAGACCGUUACUAUUACUA